AGGAGCGUUUGCAGACUUGCAAUGUCACUUUAUAGGAACAUAAUCUGGUUUUUAAAAGGAAUUCAUGAAUACACACGGAGCGGCUUCGAGGCAGCCUCCACUCACUUUGUGGAGAAGGAUUUGGAUGUCUCUGUGGCGGGAAAGUCGUUCAUGAUCACAGGAGCCAACAGCGGGAUCGGAAAAGCUACAGCCAUUGCCAUUGCCAAGAGAGGUGGUACGAUUCACAUGGUGUGCAGGAAUAAGGAGAGAGCCGAGGAGGCGAGAGAAGACAUUAUCAGGGAGACAGGGAACAAGGAAAUUCAUGUACACCUCCUGGAUAUGGCUGAGACUCAGAAGGUUUGGGAGUUUGCCGAGUCCUUCAAGAAAAGACACAGAUCCCUGAAUGUGCUGAUAAAUAAUGCUGGCUGUAUGGUGCACCGGAGAGAGGUGAACAGUGAAGGUCUGGAGAAAAACUUUGCCACCAACACCCUGGGGGUUUACAUUCUCACCAAGAGCCUGAUCCCUUUACUGGAGAGGAGCAGCAACCCAAGGGUGGUCACGGUGUCCUCCGGAGGCAUGCUGGUCCAGAAGCUCAGCACCAGUGACCUGCAGUCAGAGGAGGGUUACUUCGAUGGCACCAUGGUGUACGCCCAGAACAAGAGGCAGCAGGUGGUGAUGACGGAGCAGUGGGCCAAGGCCCACAGCAGCAUCCAUUUCUCCUCCAUGCACCCGGGCUGGGCCGACACCCCAGCGGUCGCCACAGCGAUGCCGCAGUUCCACCGAACCAUGCAGGACAAGCUGCGGACGGCAGAGCAAGGUGCCGACACAGCGGUCUGGCUGGCUGUGUCCGACGCUGCUGCCGCCACGCCCAGUGGGCAGUUCUUCCAAGAUCGGAAGGCAGUUCCAGCCCACCUGCCCCUGGCCUGGACCCACAGCUCUCCAGAGGAGGAGCAGAACUUCAUGACCCAGCUGGAGGAGCUGGCCAAGGCCUUUCAGCCUCCCACAGUGACCAGGUUUCGGACGGUCAGAACAUCCCCUGAACACUUCAGCAUUAAAUCAACUCCACACUACUGAGCUUUGGCCCUGUUGAACC